AAUGAACCGCAACAGUACGUACUACUGAAUGCGUGGAUUAUUGAGCGUUGGCAUGAUGAAUUCUUGUUCUGGGAGCCGUCAGAUUACGACAAUAUGUCUGAAUUGAGAUUACCAACCGAUGCAAUUUGGCUUCCCGAUACCACUUUGUAUAAUUCACUCGUGAUGAAAGAUGAGGAUACACGACGUUUGUUGAAUGCAAAAUUGUUGAGUAAUACAACGGCUCGAACGGCCGAAAUUGAAUUACUCUAUCCGACAAUCUAUAAAUUCUCGUGUCUUCUCAAUCUACGAUUCUUCCCAUUCGAUGUUCAAAUUUGCACAAUGAUUUUCUCAAGUUGGACUUACGAUCAAAAGGGUAUCGACUAUUUGCCGUAUUCGAAUGUGAUCGGAACGUCGAAUUACAUUGAAAAUGAAGGAUGGUCAAUUCUGCGAACAUCUGUGAAACGUAAAGAGGUCAAGUACGAGUGUUGUCCGGACAAGUAUACAAUGCUUUAUCUGACGAUUUAUCUACGUCGUAAACCGUUAUUUUAUAUUGUUAAUUUGAUUAUACCCACAAGCAUUAUCACGCUGAUCGCGAUUAUUGGCUUUUUUACAACAUCAUCAGCGAGUGGCAUGCGUGAAGAGAAAAUCUCACUUGGUAUCACCACUCUCCUGUCGAUGUCCAUUUUGAUGUUGAUGGUGUCUGAUCAAAUGCCUACAAUAUCUUCAUUUAUUCCGCUUAUCGGAUGGUUCAUAUUGGGGAUGAUAGUGGUGAUAGCGUUGGGGACGCUGUCAUCCACGAUGAUAAUCGCCAUUCAGAAACGAGGUCAUUUGGGGGAGCGUUUGAGUUUGCGUGCGAUUCGUAUCGCAAAACUUUUCGCAUUCAUCUCAGUCAGCUAUGUGCCACUCCAUCUCAUUAGUGGUACGAAGGAAUCAACAGAAGCACCGUCACGACAUGUCUAUCGGAAGUCCGUAAAGAUCACUAACAAACUCGCUCGCUAU